UUAUAACAAUGGAGCGGCGACAUAUAUUUUUUGUAUAAAUAGCAACCCUCCCCAAUGCAUCGAGUAUCAAAACGAAUCCAGCCUCUAAACCAAGAAGUUAACAAAACCUUAAAAAAUCAAAACGUCAAAAUGCAGAGAGUAACUGUCGCCCUUGUCAUUCUCGCCGUGAUGGGUGUGGUCACUGCAAGUGCAGAGUUUCGAGAACCGGAAGUUUACAAAAGGAUUAAAAAUUUUUUGCCGAAUUACAUCGGAGCUGGAAACUACACCGAGGAAUCGAAAGCUAACCAAUGCUACCAAUGCUCACCUCCGUGUUCAUCGUAUGCUUGCUGCGCUGGUGAUUUUCCACAGUGUUGUUCCAUCAAUGGGGUUUGUGGAUACUGCUGCCGAGGAUGAGUAUGGAUUUAAAUGUAUGUAAAUGGUGCCGUAAGGAAAGUGUUCUGUUACGAAAAUUGACAAUAAGGUCAAACUUGAGAUAUGAGUAAUUUAAUUGUAUCACUUAUCAAUUUAUUUUGCAACAUCCCUACUUAAAAUUGAUGAUUAUUAAUAUGCCAACUAUGCAAUAAAUUGAAACAACUAUUCGCUUUAAACAGA